GCAGUAAGAGCGCCAUGUUGAACGCUGUGGGUGUCACACACACAAGCCCAGCACACUAACACUAACGCUCAUAUCAAUACACACUUCGACCGUGUCGUAGAAAAUAAAGUUUCUGUAUCUCUCACACGAGUAGUUUGUGCUUAUGCCGGGUGUUACCCCCGGUCAUCAUCGGCACAGGAGGUUUGGUAAUGGAGGAAUUCAUCAAGCUGGCUUCCUUCACUCUGUGGAAAUGGUUUUAACAGGCACAGAGUAACACAGGCAAACUGUUCAAACGGAGAACGUGUGUUUGAACUGUUACACAACAGACUUUUUUUGUUUUGUUUUGAAACAAAACUGAGCUUUUUUUUAUUUUCAAUUCUCAAGGAUUUUAACACUACACAUCACCAUGCCAAGCUCAACUAUUCGGAGACAGAUGAAAAAUGUGGUAAAUAACUAUUCAGAGCCGGAGAAAAAGGUCAGGGAAGCGACUUCCAAUGACCCAUGGGGCCCCUCCAGUUCUCUGAUGUCAGAGAUCGCUGACCUCACUUACAACGUGGUGGCCUUUUCGGAGAUAAUGAGCAUGAUUUGGAAGAGGUUGAACGACCAUGGAAAGAACUGGAGGCAUGUGUACAAGGCCCUGACGCUGCUGGACUACCUGAUCAAAACAGGCUCUGAGCGAGUGGCCCUGCAGUGCAAAGAGAACAUCUUUGCCAUACAGACGCUCAAAGACUUCCAGUAUAUCGAUCGGGACGGCAAAGACCAGGGAAUCAAUGUUAGAGAGAAGUCGAAGCAGCUGGUCGUGCUACUGAAGGAUGACGAUCGUCUGAAGGGUGAACGCUCUCAGGCCUUGAAGACUAAGGAGCGCAUGGCGCAGGUGGCCACCAGUGUGGGCAGCAACAAUCAGAUCGGCUUUGGCCGUGGCUCCAGCCAGCCCAACCUCUCCACCAGCUACUCAGAGGAGUAUGGCAAGUCUGAGGGCUCGCCUGCAUCAUACCAUGGGUCUACGUCUCCCAAUGCAUCUUCAGAGCUGGAGCAAGCCAGGCCUCAGACGAGUGGAGAAGAGGAGCUACAGUUACAACUGGCUCUUGCCAUGAGCCGAGAGGCCGCCGAGCAGGAGGAGAGGAUGCGUCGUGGGGAUGACCUACGGCUCCAGAUGGCUCUGGAAGAAAGCCGCAAAGACUCCUCCACAGGGAAAAUAGCCAAGAAGAAGAAAGAGCCUCCACAGUCUUCUCUGAUGGAUCUGAUGGACACGGUUCUCGAGGGCCCUGCCGAUCAAACAUCGGACCCUUGGGGAGCAGGAGCAGGAGCUGCAGCAGGAGCAGCAGCAGCAGCAGGCCCUGCCUCAGACCCCUGGCAGUCCUACGGUGCAGCCCCUAAGCCUGUUGCUCCGGUGGAUCCCUGGGGUCUUCCCAGUGCCUCUUCCUCAGUUGCUCCUCUGAAAAGCAGUGACCCCUGGGGGUCGCCCCCGGCACCUGCAGCUGCUGAUCCCUGGAGCCCAAUGCCUGCCACCCGCCCCAAAGCCCCUGCCACAGUGGGUAGCUUUGAUCUUUUUUCCACACCAAAUGGUACUUCCAGGGAGGACUUCUCUGAUUUUGACAGUCUUCGCUCUUCAGCACUGACAGGAGAUGGUAGAGGAAGCUCAGCCUUGCCAUCACAGACCAGUUUGUCUGUAGGCUCUGAUCUGUUUGACGUACCGAGCGGCCCAACCAGAAAAACUCCAGAGUCUUUCCUGGGUCCCAACGCAGCGCUUGUCAACCUAGACUCUCUGGUCACCAAACCUCCCCAGCAGGCUCCAGUCUCCAAUCCCUUCCUCGCUGGAGUCUCUGGAGCAGCUUCAGCUCCUGCAGCUCAGGUCAACCCCUUCCAGGUGAACCAGCCACAGCCACCCACCCUCAACCAGAUGAGAGUCAGUCCCAUGAUGGGCCUGAGCGGACAGGGCUUCAGCAUGGCCCAGAGAAGCAAUGAGCCCUUGCCUCUGUCCUCAAUGCCCCCAGCUGGCCCCGUCUCAAUGGUACCCAUGGCCGGCAUGGCUCCUCUCGGGCCCGCUGGCCAGAUGCCAAACAUGGGGAUCCCAGCCUCCAUGUCUAUGCCCCAGCCGCUCAUGAGUGGAGGGCUGCCGCCCACAGGUGCAGCGACACAAGCCGGCGGCACAACCAACCCCUUCUUAUUGUGAGGAACAACAUCCGCCUCCCCAAACCCCACACAAAUCUCUCAUCCCAGUUUCUAUGGCAUAGACAACGUAGUCGGUCUUGUUCCCCCAAACCUGUGUGCUAUUUUGAGACUUUUGAGAGUAGCAGUGGUGUUUACAGGUUUUACGCUGACGGGCGAUUCCCUUCCUCCCCUGUCAGAAAUUGGUACCAUGCGACGUUUUGGUAUACUUUUCUAAAUUUCCUCAAAUUACCAUCAGCGAUACAGCGUCUAGGAGAUUUUCUUCCCGGGAGCAACCUUCCUCUUUUUAACCUCUUUUUUCGAUGGCUUACUUUUCUUAUCAGAGGCUUGAAACUAGGAGUACUGGUUCGUCUUAAUUUUUCUAAUUUCUAGUCUUUGAAAGCAGCGUGCUAGAUAAAGCUAACCCUUUUAAUCGAAGCAGCCUGUACGUUCUACGCAGUGCAUAUACACUAUGUGUAUUUACAGUACGCUUGGGUAGACUCUCUAUUGGUUUACAUGGAAAUGAUUUUGAUGUUCUAAGCAGGGAUUUUGCACAUGCUCUGAUUUAUCUUCUUUUGACUGUCGGCCCACCGUUAGUCCUUAGCUCGAGAAGCGAUGGGAAACCGUUCACUAAGACAGAAGGGAGUCUGCCAACCGCGUGUGUGAGUGCUUUCAAACCUGAUGCAUUGAAAGAUGAACUUCAUACUGAAGUGGAGAGUUGUUCUUUCUCCUUUUUUCUUUUGUAAUGCAUGACGGGGAGUUGGUUUGCAUAUCAUAAUACAGCUCAACUUUUAUACCGAAGCCUGUUUUUUACUGCUUUACAAUCCCGAGACGUUGUUUAUUGGGUGAAUGGGUUCUUUCGAUUCAGUAUGGCUCACUAUUUGCACAGCUCCAUAUUCGACAGCUAGUCUAUGCUAACGAUUAGUAUUCAUUCGCUUCUCUGUGAGUAUCCAACAAUCUGAAAUGCGAUCAUUUCAGUAACGUUUUUUGUUUUUAAUUUAUGUAUACGUGCAUAUAUGGAAGGAGCAAAGGGAAACGAGGAAAUUGGCGUCGGUAUAUCUUCAUCAGGUCCUGAUGCGGGGGUCACCACUCUGGAAGGCCAGAGUCCUGAAGAGUUUAGCUCCAACCGUAAUCAAACACAGCGGAAGUAGAUAAUCAAGCUCAUGGGUAUAAUUGACUCCAAGGCAGGUGUGUUGAGGCAAGUUGGAGCCCUCCCGGAUCAGGUUUGAUGACCCCUGUACUAAUGCAUCUUACUGUUAUAACCCACAGCUGUAUCGGUAAUCGCUGCUUCCUAAUGCAAUCCGUUCACGUACGUCGGGAAACAAGCCAAGCGUGUAUCAGAGCUUGCCGUUAACUAAAUCUUCGGUUCUGUAUUGGAAGCUAACUUGCUUAUAGUGUUACAAGAAUGAAUGGACGUGUUAAGACAGGUGUGGGAGGAGUUUUUUUGUUUGCUGAAUAUGUGGUAUACACGUAUGUUAGGGGUCAUAUGCAUCUUCCUACAGCUAGAAACCUGUGGUUGAUUCGAUUCAUUCUGUUUUCAUAAAUUAAUUUUGGCCAUGGUUUUAUCAUUAAAUGAGACUUAGACUAGACUAUGAAUUGUUUAUCACAAUUAGCAGAUGAUUUAAUGCAAGAACACCUAGACUUUGGUGUUUCGCGUGACUUGCUGUGUCUACACUUUUAAUUCAACCGGUUAAGCACAAGAUGGCAACGUUUUCCUCCAGUAGUAGUUACCAAAGUGAAAUUGCUUGUCCUUUUUAAACGCAGAGCGGUGGUCGUUUUCUAUUCGAUUACAAAUUUAUCUCUCUCCAGUUCCCCAGUUUUUUGGGUUUUUUUGAUUAAGGCUAGAGUACUGACGCUACAGUUUCUCUCAUCUGUGAGCUAGUGACCUCUGCUGGAAAUAGUGUGGUAGUACUGCCUACAUGCAGCCUCGUAGCAGAGCCUGGGUGUGUUAUGGUCAAUAAUCUGCAGGCAUACUCAGGCAUUUUGGGGGGUGGGGGUGGCUAAGACAGCUUUAAGAUGUAUGUAAUGCGCUUCUGAUGGCUGUGAUGGUUAAGGCAGGCACUGAUUCUGCUAAAUAAGACUCCCUGCUAGUGAACAUCACUGUACUAUUAUGCAGACUAGUUUUACUUUCAUACGAUAUCUAGCUCAUUUCGUCUCGACCAUCUUGUUUUGCUGUUACCGUGUAUCACCCAUUCUUUUAUGUACUCUUUAUGCAUUUAUUGUGGAGGACUAACCUUGUGAACAUGCAUAACAUUUUAUUUUUCCAUGUUAUUGUGUCUGUGUAUUUACCAAACUGUCUCAUAUUACUGGGAGCAGGCUGCUUUUAUGGAUAUGUGCUCAACUUGUUGGCAUUAUAACUGUAUAAUAUAAUUUAUCAUCUGUUCUAUUGUAACAUAUUGUUGUGUACCUUAUUUCUGUGUAAUGGUUUUGUAGGAAAGUCACAGGAGGAGUGUGAUGUUUUAUUGCCAUCUAAACAGCAGCAAGUGAUAAAGGACCUGUAGCUGCAGUGGUAAAACAAAUAAAUUGUAUCAAUGACUUUU